AAAGGUUUUUUCCAACUUCGUGCUUGAUCAUUUAAAUGUACUACAGCCAUAUUAAUUGUGACAGAAAAAGAAGCAAGAGAUGCCAGGGAAGAAAAGCCAAAGCUAAAGCUCCACUUCCUCCACCUGAACCAAAAAACUUGGAAAUUCCUUCGUUGGAUGAGGCAGAACUAACUAAUUUUACCAUGGAACAGAAAGAGAAUAUAAUUGAUAAAGACAUUGAAUUAUCUGUGGUUCUUCCAGGGGAUGUGAUUAAAUCUACUACUGUUAAUGGCAGGAAACCCAUGAUGGACUUGCUGAUUUUUCUGUGUGCACAGUAUCAUUUAAAUCCAUCAAGCUAUACUAUAGAUCUGAUGUCAGCAGAGAACAGCCAGAUAAAAUUCAAGCCUAAUACACCAGUUGGAAUGCUUGAAGUAGAAAAGGUGAUUUUAAAGCCAAAGCUUUUGGAUAAGAAGAAACCUGCUCCUAUGAUUCCAGAGCAAACGGUGAGAGUAGUUGUAAAUUAUAAGAAAACACAGAAGACUGUAAUAAGAGUUAGUCCACAUGCACCUCUUCAAGAACUCACACUGAUUAUCUGUAGCAAAUGUGAGUUUGAUCCUUUACACACUGUAUUGCUGAAAAACUACCAGUCACAAGAGCCCCUUGACAUGACAAAAUCUCUUAAUGACCUUGGACUAAGGGAACUAUAUGCAAUGGAUGUCAGUAGAGAUUCCUGCCAAAUGUCUCCAAACCUAGAUAUGUUGAAAGAGAAAGAAAAUAAAGGAUUUUUUAGCUUUUUUCAGCGAAGCAAGAAGAAACGUGAACAAACUGCCAGUGCCCCAGCAACUCCACUGAUGAGCAAACAGAGACCUGCUUUUAUCACACGAUCUAGCACUGUUGUCAAGCAGUAUGAUUCAAACACAUUGCCAUCUGAAAUGCCGAAGAAAAGAAGAGCACCCUUACCACCAAUGCCUGCUUCUCAAAGUGUCCCACAGGAUCUUGCGCAUAGCCAGGGCAGACCAACAUUUUCUAUUAUGAAAUCUAGCAGUGUUGAUGAAAGUGAUCAGGGCCUGUCAACAGUAGGAAUAGUGAGAACAGGUUCUCUGCAGCUUGGUGGCACAUCUUCUGUUAACUCCUCCUUGAGAAGGACAAAGCGCAAAGCACCUUCCCCACCAUCUAGAGUACCACAAGACCAAAGUGACCACAGUAAUGAGACUGCAUCAGAAUCAGCUGAUUCAAUUCCUGCAGAAGGAAUAAUGGAAGAAACAGCAAUAGAAGUGCUCUCUAAAGCAGGUAAUGUAGCUGAUAGGACCAGGCCCACAGUGUCAUCAUGUGCCUCUCAGUCCUUUGAGCCUGCCAGUCAAAACACUCUUCAGCAACUGACAGAUGAAACUAACCUUCCUGGUAACACUUGCAUUCCUGAUGCAUCUGAAAUGCCUUUUAAAUCUGGACUUGGCCCUGAAUAUAGCCUGGAUGAGAUUGAUGAAAAGGAAGAGAUGAGUUUGUACAAAAAGGAAAGUGAAAGCGCAGAUGCCUUUCCUAGGAUGCAAGAGGUUACUGGCUCCUUCAUCGCUACUGAUGGAGAUGUACCACUAGAUACUGAAAAAAAGGAUCCUGCUUCAUCAGCUUCAAUUUCUGGCAGUGCUUCUAUAGAUAACUCUCAAAUCUCCAAGGAAGAAAAACAAGAAAAUAUGAGCACAGAUGGCAACAAACCACAGAGUAAGAUUGGCAGUCUGCAGGUUACGUUUGAAAAUGACAGAGAGUUGGAAAUACUGGAUCAAAAUAAAAAUGAUAAGCACAUUGAUAUAAGACUUCUUCCAACAACCACAGUAGAAAACAAACUUCAAAUGGGAGAAAUUAAUACAUUCGAUGUUGGAGAAAAUAAAAAACUUGAAGUUGGCAGACUAUCAAACUGCCAUGCACAUAAUGAUGUCUGUAUAAAUCAUGAAUAUAAUCAAAUGAUUUUAGGAAUACAAGAUCAGAAGCUGAAUCAAGCCAACUUGGACAUAGUGAAAACUCAGGAUGUUGCAAUUCAGACAACUCCAUUUGAUAGUAGUUUUGGCAGGACAAUAACAGAAAUGAAUCUUCAUCAAGAUAACUCCUCUUCCUUCAAAAGAGCAGCUGAUGAGCAGAAUUUGGAUAUAGACAGUACACCCUGUAUAUCAGCUGCAGAAAUGGAAAAGACUGUACACACUUCAACAGAAAUAACUUGUCAGAAACCAGAAGUUAUGCGUGACAAAACACUUUCCAUAAAAUCUCAGAGUAAUGUACAUGUGAAUGAUAGUUGCCUUGUCUCUUCAGAGAGAGAUGCAGACAGUUCAGUUGGUUCUCCUACAAACUCCUAUCCACUUUAUAGACAAGGCUUCAAACCCAAACCAAAGCCAUCUAAUGAAAUUACAAGAGACUAUAUACCCAAAAUUGGAAUGACUACCUAUAAAAUAGUGCCUCCAAAAUCCUUGGAAAUAUUGAAGAGUUUGGAGUCAGAGACCAUGUCAGAUACUAAAGAUCAGGAAGGAGUUGCUUUGGGUACCCCCACUAAGUGUGAGAGCUCAAAAGAAUUUGGAGUGCAAACAGAAACUCCUUGUGUUUUAAAAACUUCAGCAUCUGGUUUAAAAUAUGAAGCUGUAUUGGCAGGAAAUGAUCAGCUGUGUGAAAGUAGCAGCAUCCCUGACUGUGUUAUAACCUCUCAAUUUGGGAUUACUACUGAAAGCAAGCAAACAGAAACAAAGGCUUACAGGUCUCCUAUAAGCAGUGGCAGAGUUCAGUUGAUGGUGAACUCGGAUAAUUCAAAUACUUCUCCUGAGACUUUAGAAAAAUCAAAUGCACUAAGUCCUACAACAAAACCUACUUCUUUUUACUUACAGAUGCAAAAAAGGGCUUCAAGCCAUUACGUCACAUCUGCAGUUGCCAGAAGUGCCAGUGCUGCUUGUAGUUCUACUCAAAAUGAGUCUAAGAGUACAGAGGCGGAAAAAAAUCCAUCACCAGAUCAAACUAGUCUCCCUUCAAAUAAAACAAACAACUUCCCUUCCCAAUCAGAUGCAGGAAAAAGUGAUGAUAAAAAAACUGAAGAACAUUGCAUUUCACCUCUUAAAACAUUUAAACCUUUGAGUUUUUCUUCCUGUCAGCCAGCCACAUUGAACUUAAAAUCUCUGAGAACUUUUGCUGUUCCAAAGCCAUACUCCAAUGCUAGGCCGUCCCCUUUUGCUCUUGCCGUCUCAUCAGCAGUCAGAAGAUCGCAGUCAUUUAAUAAACCACGCCCUGUCACCAGUCAGCUGUCAAAAGAGGAAUCUCCUGUCGAACUUUCCUCUGCAACUUUCACAGCUGAAGUUAAGAAGAACCAUUCUCUACAGAAUUCAAUAGGAGAUUCACAAGUCCUUAUUAUGGAUAAGAAAAUUAGCUUUGCAGACAAUGAUCAGAACAGGCAGGUUCAACGUUCAACUGACCACCCUACUGCUACUUUUAAGAAGCAAGCUGCUUUAUCAAUCCAACACCCUGACCCAGAACAGAUUCACCAGUGUGUGCUGGCUGCAAUACGCUCUGGUGAUGCCGCUGCCAAAUUGAAAAGGGUUGGAGCUCCAUCCAGCACAAUCUCUAUCAAUGGAAGGUCCAUGCUCAGUCACUCAUACUCCACAGAAGCAAAAUAUAAUCACUAGAUAUUAUACCAAAUGUUUUGCACUUUACUGUUACUUCAUAGACAGACUUAAUACUAAUGGCAAAUUAUUGAAAAUGUAAAUGCAGGUGUAUGUUAAUAUAUACUGUCAAUGAAAAUAUAGGAAUUUCAGGCUGGGACUCCUAAUGCCUGGGAAAGAUUUAUUAGAAUGUAAUUUAUAGUUAUAUUUUGCCUUUUUUCCUCGAAGUCGGAAAUGCUGCUUCAGAACUUAAAACAAGGUGCAAAUGUUUUUAUUAUUAUUGAUGAACGAAUCAAAAGUUGAUUUCAACUUUGUACCUUCAGGAGUGAAUGACAGCAACAUGCUGAGAUAUACUGAUUAAGAGAAGUCUGAGAAUUUCAGAUCCUUAAUUUUGUAAUUUUAUAAUACUUAUGUUAACAAAUUUUGUAAACUUAAAUAAUCUCUACCACUUGUUGCCUCAAUGUCACUUUAAGUUAAAUGUUGUAGUAAUUAAUAGAAAAUGAUAAUUAUGUUCACUGAAGCACACUCUAGCCUCUCUUAGAAAGUAUAUUUUUUCUUUUUUUUCCACUAAAAGCUGGGCCCACCAUUUUGUUUUUAAUCUCUUUAACUACUUUUUCUGGUAUUGAACAAAAAAUCAGGGCAUAAAUUAUUUACAGUGGGUUUUUUUUCUUUCAUUCUAUUUUAAGAUUUUUCUUAAUAAUGUGGCUUUUCUCAUUCUACUAUUGAAUAAUUUUUGUGUAUAGCAUUAUUCUAACAUUCUAAUAAUCAUUGUCUUCUGUAUACCUUUUUAAAUACUUCCAUACAUGCCAAGACUUAAUGGUAGCAAAAUUAAGAUUUUGAUACUUUAUGAAAGAAAUAAAAGUUCCUUCAUGAAGUAUAACUAAUUAAUUGUAAAAUCUUUGAAAUUAUUCAUAUGAAAAAUGAUUCCUUUAAAUUAGAACAAUAAUUCAAAGCUUACAAAGCUUAUUUCAAUGUCUAAAAUCUUCUGUUAUUCAAUAAACAUUUGAUACUGAAAUAAAAUUAUACAGUUAAUUUGGAACGUGUGUGUAUAUAUAGAUCUAUAACUUUUUGUAUUUCCUGUCAGGAUGAUACAUUUUCAAGGGAAGAAAUGGUUCAUUUGUAAUCAUAGCUACAAUCCAGCUACUGUAUAGAGGAUGUCUACUGUAAAAUCUGAGUUUUGUGCUAUUUCCUAAAAGAUUUCAUGUUGGCUUAUGGUUAAAUAAAA